UAGAGAAAAUUUAUCUGAUCAGAAAUGGCUGGAAAGGGAAGAGGUGUAGCAGCAUUCUCCUUCAACAUAGAGUCCCUGGGUCUAACCAGAGGAUCCAUGCCUGAAACCCAAAGAGGACCAGCUCCACUCUUCCCACAAAUCGAAUAUAAACCGGGGCCUUUGAAAGCUGGCGAAGAUGAAGAUUAUAUGAGAGCUUUGAAACAAGAGAUGAGAGGACGAAUGAAGGACCUUCCUUUUAACAUAAAGCACCAUGCAGGAAAGGGAGAUGUGGAGAGGUACAAGGAAAAAUACACGCGGGAAAUAAAGAAACUUGAAGAUGAAGACUGGACACCAGAUUGGAAUCGUCUUCCGAAGGAGCUAAAACCACAGAAGAGCAUAAAGAAGAAGAAAAGGGGUAAUUAUCUGAAGAAAUCCGUAAAAAUCUCUACUAAGGACAAAGAAGAAGUGCUGAAUAAGUUGGAUGAACUUGAGAAGAAGGGAGAUGUCAAAUCUGAUGAGGAGGAUGAAGUGAAGAAAGAAAAGAAAGAGGAUGACGAGGAAGGAGAGGAAGCAGAAAUUGAAGGAGACUAUGAUGAAGAGUUUGAAGAGGACAAUGACUACAUAGCAAGCUACUUUGAAGACGGCGAUGACUUUGGGGGAGGAAGUGAUGACAACAUGGAUGAAGCCACUUACUAGA